CUGUCUACGAGCUGGGGAGUGUGUAUCUGCGCGCGCGCGCGUGUGUGUGUAUGUUUGUGCGUGUGAGUGUGUGUCAGUCGGGGAGCAAAUAAAACCCAGCCGCUUGUGGCGUUAAAAGGCAGCGUCUCCGGCCCCCCCAUAACGCGAGCAGGGGGGAGCGCACAGCGGAGGAGCGAGAGAGAACAGAGGCGGGAUGCAGAAGGUGGCAUGGAGGAGAGGUGUGUGUGCGUUUGUGCGCGGAGGCAGGGCAGUGGGAUGUGGCGUCUGACGGACGCGGAGAGAUGCUGUGAGCUCUGGUAUUAGCAGGCAGCUGCGCACCGAGCCGCUCUCUCCCCUCCCUCCCCUCCCCGGCUGCUCUCCUCGCACCGACCAUUCGCUGAAACCGGGGAAUCGUCUCCACACGGCUCGCUGUACUCUCUAAAAAGCUGGCGUCCUACGCGGGGAUUUGACACAACCAGGGAGAUGUUCCUUUUCUGGAAGAAGGCCACUGGAUUUAAAACCUUUAAUGAGCCUCUUUGUGGACUGUGGUUUUAGAGAUUGCGAGCUGGUCCCACUGUCAAGCACAGGUUGAUUGUGCUUGGCUCAUCACUGCUGUAUUCUCAGCCAACUUCUUUCACUAGAUGAUAAAAAACAGUCCACAGGAUUGCCAUCCAUGGUUUCUGCUCUAAUAAAGACUAUAUCAUCCUACAUUAAUAAGAUUUGCAAAGGAAUGUUUACAAAGAAACUGGCAAACCCAAUCAAGAAGAAAGAGAGAAGCGAAAAUAAAGAGCCCAAAUUGACCACUGAUUUGCAAGCACACAAUCUAACUCUCUCUACCACACUGAAGACUACAGUUAAAAAGAUUUCCAAAUGCUCUUCGGCACGUAACAUAUCGCUUGAAGAAGACGACGGGAAGAACGACUGCUCAUCCCUGUCACCUACUUUCAGUUACCGGGUAGCUAUUGCAAAUGGACUCCCGAAAAGCGCUCCUUUUUUGAAUAACAAUGAAAGUAUCUUUCCUGAGGUUCUUUCAAUUGAUAGUAGUUACUCUGACUCCUUGAGUGAGCCAAAACCUGUCAGGAGACUUGAUGAGCAUAAAUCAUACACUAUGCCAGUAAGACGAAACAGGAAGAGCCUCAUCAGUUUGGCUCCUUCUGAUGGCAGUUCUGAGGGUGAACGAGUGGAACGCUCCAGUCUACACACACUUAGGCUGGGUGCUCUACGCAAGUUAAGAAAAUGGAAGAAGAGUCAGGAAUGUGUCUCCUCAGACUCCGAGGUGAGCAACUGGAGGAAAACCCUGGGCAUCAGGAGCAAGUCCUUGGAUCGUGCUGGAAGGCAGCAAAAGAGCUCAACCCUGGAGCCUGGCUCCUCCUCCACGGGUUGCAUCAGUCAGACCCAGGAUGUAAUGGAGAUGAUCUUUAAGGAGCUUCAGGGUAUCAGUCAGAUAGAAACAGAACUGUCUGAAUUACGUGGCCAUGUGAAUGCCCUAAAAAGCUCCAUUGAUGAGAUCUCUAGCAGUGUUGAAGUAGUUCAGAGUGAGAUUGAGCAACUUCGUUCAGGAUUCGUCCAGUCUAGAAGGGAAACUCGUGAUAUUCAUGACUACAUAAAACAAAUAAGCCACCAGGCCAAUAAUUCAACCUUGCGAUUCAUCAAUGUUCCUGAAGAGAAGCCAGAGAAAACAGAGAUUCUAAUAUAUAAAGUACUAAAAGACAAAAUGGGUUUCAUUGAUGCCCAUAAAACAAUUAAAAUUGAGCUUGCUCAUAGGUUAGGGCAACAAAGAGAAUGUUCUAAUGCAAAACCCCGCCCAAUUAUUGUUAUUUUUGCAACACCCCAGGAUAGGGAUGUAGUCUUGAAAAAAUGCUAUAAACUAAAAGGAACAGGCAUUACAGUCUCUACUGAUAGCUUAACUCAUGAUGGAAAGGAGAGAAAAGACAAAGCAAUGUCCUCCUCACAAACCUAUGAAAGCAUGGAUAUAAAGGUCUCAGGAAAGGACAAGGUAGUGGAGAGUGAUGACUGGGACUCAAUGGACAGUGAUAAAGAGUUGGAUGAAUUAAGCAGAAAUAAAUAUGCAAUGGUAAUUUCAAAGCCGGUACACAAGGGCAAAUCAGAAAAGCGGCGAUCCCACGACCAUAGCAGGUCAGGAGAUGAAGCAGGCUACUCAGGCGCAGUUCACUAUGCUGAUGACACUUACUAUGACCCAGACAAGCACGGAAAGGCCUACUACUCUGAUCUGACCCCUGGUUGGCUUUCCCAGAGUGACUAUUCCACCCCCAAACUCAGCCGCUCUGAGUCCGACUGCUCAAAACUUUGCCAGUCAUACUCAGAGGACUUUUCAGAGAGUCAGUACUUUACACGGGCCAAUGGCUGCUCCUUGCUCUCCUCCUCAGAUCAGGAACUGUGGCAGAGAAAACAAGAAGACAUGGCAUCCUCUUGGUAUGCUAGCCCUAGUCAUCAACUUGGCGAUGAGAGUCAAACCUAUGAACACAAUGAGGUUGAGACUACAGAAACUAUUGACAGUGGAGUAAGCAAUGGACUUGUCUGCAUGUCUGGGGACAGAAGCCACUACAGUGGCUCCCAGGUCUCUUUGCAAGGUGACCUAUCACCCUGGAAAGACUGGCAUCAUCUGGAGCAGGGUGCUGACUCUGGCUUGGAAGCCUCCAUAGAGGUCAGCAGUCCCUUUGACCCAUCAACUAUCCCUGGUUUUCCAGAAAACAUCACUAAAUGUCAGGAGGUUGAUUUACAAUUUGAAGGAGAUGAGGAAUUCAUGAUGCUCGACAGGGAAUCUCCCCUACCACCUAUUACCACCCACAUUAUACCUCCCAUCACAGAGCGGGAGUCCAUCAAGACACCUGCCCGUCAGUCUAAAGAGGGAUGUAAGGUGACUACAAAAGAAAGCACUAAGGUAUCUUCUAAAGAUGCCCCUAAAGCAGCAGCUAAAGUGACACAUAAACAAACUAAAUUGGCUCAGAAAGAAGAAAACACCAAAAUAUUGCCAAAGGAAAACCCUAAGAUAUCUGCUAAGGUUGCACCUAAAGUGACCUCUAAAGCAGCUCCUAAAGAGUCAUCUAAAGAUAUUCAGAAAUCGGCAGUGAAAGACUCCUCUCAAGCAAUCCUUAAAGACAUCCCUAAACUCGCACAUAAAGAUGCCACAAAGCCCACUAUUAAAGAAGUAUCUAAAGUAACAUCUAAGGUAACUUCUACUGAGGCUGCUAAAGUCACUCCUAAAGUGACCCCGAAAGACAGCCCAAUAAUGACUCCUAGAGAAAGUCCUAAAGAGUCACCUAAAGAAAGCCCAAAAAUAACCCCAUUUGAGAGCCCUGCCUCGACCCCUAAAGAGUCCCCUAAAGAAUCACCUAAGGAAUCCUCUAAAGUCAUUGCUAAAGAACCCCCAAAAGUCAUUGCUAAAGAAACCCCAAAAGUUGCAUCUAAAGAAGGUCCAAAAGUUGCAUCUAAAGAAGGUCCAAAAGUUGCAUCUAAAGAAGGUACAAAAGUUGCAUCUAAAGAAGGUACAAAAGUUGUUGCUAAAGAGGUUAACAAGGAGGCUUCAAAACUACUGCCAAAAGAGGUCCCAAAAGAGAUGCCCAAAGUAGCAUCUAAGGAGACUAAAGAAGUUUCUAAGAUUCCACCACAAGAAGCCCCGAAGGCAACUCCUAAAGAGAGUCCUAAGUUACCCCCUAAAGAGACCCCUAACGUGCCACCUAAAGAGAGCCCUAAAGCUUCCCCAACAGAAGCCCCUAAAGAAGCACCUAAAGCAGUCCCUAAAGAAACACCCAAAGUAGUAAGUAAAAAUGUUGUCAAGGAAGGCUCUAAAACACUUCCUAAAGAAAGGGAAAAAUUUCCUGAACUGGAUGUCAAUCACAGCUUUCACCAGACCCAGAAUAAGUCUUCAACUAUGUACCGCAGUCAGAGUGAGAUUCGAACAGAGAAGGUCGAGGAGGUUCCUAAGUCUUGGAGCAGUAGGCUCAGCAUAGAUCUCAGUGAGAAGUCCUUUGGUUUUGGCUUUGGGUCUACACUGCAGAGGGCUAAGUCAGCUCUGGAGGUUGUUUGGAAGUCUGGUGCUCAGCCUACCCCUGCUCCUCCUGAAGAGCCCACUAACCCCCCUUCUUCAUUUAUGGGGCGUUUCCGCACCCUGUCCACUUCCGGUGUAAGUAACUCUAGUACUACAGGAGACUCAGAUGUCUGCACAGAGCCUGUCGCCUACAAGGCAGAGGACAAGAAAACAGGUGAAGAGGAGGAAGUUGGGGAACAACAAGUAGACAGUGAGACCCACUAUGUUGAAGUGAUGGAGCAGGUUUUAGCUAACUUGGAGAACAGAACUAAUGCUAAUGAGACAGAGGAGACAGAUGAGCCCACACAGGAGACUGAGACUUCUCAGGACUAUGAUGUGUCUGAUGAAAUUGAGGCCUCUCAAGACAAUGAUGCCUCUCAGGAUUUUGAUGCUCCUCAAGAUUUUGAAGCCACAGAAGACUAUGAAGCAAGUACACAGGCACGUGUUCUGGAGUAUGAUUGCAGUUUGGAUGAGCAGUAUGAUGAAGAGUACAGUGAGGACUAUGAAACCCAACUCACUGAGGACACUGCUGAAUAUGAUGCAAUGGUGGAGUAUGUAGACGUAGAGGAACCAGAUGAGGACAAUGAUAUGACAGAGGAGAUGGAGGAGGGAGACGAGGAGUUAGAGGAGGUAGAGGAGAUAGCAGAGGAGGCCACUGAGGUGUCUGAAAAAGUCGGAGAACAGCAGGAGGAUGAAAACAAAAAUGUUCCAGAGGAGAAACCCGCAGAGGCCCCACCCAAGAAACGCAUUCGACCGACAUUUAAGGAGGCAGCACUGAGGGCCUACAGGAAACAGAUGGCUGAACUGGAGCAGCAGAUCCUGGCAGGGGACAGCACUGCUUUGGAUACACAGCCUCGCAGUCUUUUGGAUCCCAAACUGCUCGGCUUGCAGACUGGAGGGGCUGGCAGUAUUCUUUAUGGUAUUGACAGCAUGCCAGAUUUACGCCGCAAGAGGACAGUGCCUCUUGUCCGAGACCUGGCUUUGACCCUCACUGCUCGAAAGGCAGGCAUCUCGUUCGCUCUGGUGAACCGAUCCACCCUGAAUAAUGAGGACCUGAAACUACAUGUCUUAAAGAAGACUCUCCAGGCCUUGAUCUACCCAAUUUCAUCCACAACACCCCAUAACUUCGAGGUGUGGACGGCAACUGCGCCCACAUACUGCCAUGAGUGCGAAGGGCUGCUGUGGGGCAUCGCUCGUCAGGGCAUGCGCUGCUCAGAGUGUGGCGUUAAAUGCCACGAGAAGUGCCAGGACCUGCUCAAUGCAGACUGUUUACAAAGGGCGGUGGAGAAGAGCUCCAAGCACGGAGCAGAGGACAAGACCCAGAAUAUCAUCAUGGCCAUGAAGGAGCGCAUGAAGAUAAGGGAGAAGAACCGUCCGGAAGUGUUCGAGGUGAUCCAGGAGAUGUUUCAGGUCUCAAAAGAAGAAGUCAGCAGUCAUCUGAAAACAGCUAAGCAGGCUGUGCUGGAUGGGACCUCCAAGUGGUCCGCCAAAAUCAACAUCACAGUCAUGAGUGCGCAGGGCUUGCAGGCCAAGGAUAAAACCGGCUCCAGCGACCCGUAUGUCACCGUCCAGGUGGGGAAGACCAAGCGCAGGACGAAGACCAUCUUCGGCAACCUCAACCCGGUCUGGGACGAGAAGUUCAACUUUGAAUGUCACAACGCCACCGAUCGCAUCAAGGUGCGAGUGUGGGACGAGGACGAUGACAUCAAAUCACGGGUGAAGCAGCACUUCAAACGCGAGUCGGAUGACUUCCUGGGCCAGACCAUCAUCGAGGUUCGCACUCUCAGCGGAGAGAUGGACGUCUGGUAUAAUCUUGAUAAGAGGACAGACAAGUCUGCGGUAUCCGGUGCCAUCAGGCUCAAGAUCAGUGUGGAGAUGAAAGGGGAAGAGAACGUGGUUCCUCCUCACGGCCAGUACACCUGUUUACAUGAGAACCUGUUCCACUACCUGACCGAGGUGAAGAACGGCGGGGUCGUGAAGAUCCCGCAGGUGAAAGGGGACGAGGCGUGGAAGGUCUACUUUGACGACGUGUCCCAGGAGAUUGUGGAUGAGUUCGCCAUGAGAUACGGAGUGGAGUCCAUCUAUCAGGCUAUGACGCACUUCUCCUGUCUGUCCGCUAAAUACAUGUGUCCCGGUGUGCCGGCUGUGAUGAGCAACCUGCUCGCUAAUAUCAAUGCCUACUUCGCCCACACCACCACCACCACCACAACCACUGCCUCCGCUUCUGACCGAUUUGCUGCAUCUAACUUUGGGAGGGAGAAAUUUGUCAAAUUACUGGAUCAGCUGCAUAACUCACUGAGGAUCGACCUCUCCAAAUAUCGGGAUAACUUCCCAGCUGGAAACCCAGAGCGUCUCCAAGAUCUCAAGUCCACUGUUGACCUCCUGACCAGCAUCACCUUCUUCAGGAUGAAGGUACAAGAGCUCCAGAGUCCACCAAGAGCCAGUCAGGUGGUGAGGGACUGCGUGAAGGCGUGCUCCGACUCCACAUACAAAUACAUUUUUGAUAACUGUCAUGAAUUAUACAACCAACUCCUCGACCAGAGCAGGAAGCAGGACAUUCCCCGGGAGGAGCAGGGUCCGUCGAUAAAGAACCUGGACUUCUGGCCAAAACUCAUCACUCUCAUGGUGUCUGUAAUCGAUGAAGACCGGACGGCUUACACCCCAGUCAUUAACCAGUUUCCACAGGAGCUGAGUGUGGGCAAGAUCAGCGCCGAGAUCAUGUGGAACCUCUUCGCCCUGGAUAUGAAGUAUGCAAUGGAAGAGCAUGACAAGCACCGCCUAUGCAAAAGUACUGAAUACAUGAAUCUUCACUUCAAAGUCAAAUGGUUCCACAACGAGUACGUCCGUGACCUGCCGGCCUUCAAGGGUGUUUCCCCGGAGUAUUCUCUAUGGUUCGAGCCGUUUGUCAUUCAGUGGCUUGAUGAGAACGAGGACGUUGCCAUGGAUUUCCUGAAUGGAGCGCUGGAAAGGGACAAGAAGGAUGGAUUCCAGCAAACCUCGGAGCACGCCCUCUUUUCCUGUUCAGUGGUGGAUGUGUUCACUCAACUUAACCAGAGUUUCGAGAUUAUCAAGAAGCUGGAGUGUCCGAAUCCGCAGGCCCUGGCUCACUUCAUGUGCCGCUUUGCGAAGACUAUCAACAAAGUUCUUCUGCAAUAUGCUGCAAUCAUAUCCAAGGAAUUUCCUUCACAUUUGAGCAAGGAGAACGUGCCCUGCAUCAUCCUCAACAACAUUCAGCAGCUCCGGGUCCAACUGGAGAAGAUGUUUGAGUCCAUGGGUGGCAAACAGCUGGACGCAGAGGCCAGUGAUCUGCUAAAGGAGCUGCAGAAUAAGCUCAACACGGUGCUGGAUGAGCUCAGCGGAGUGUUUGGCUCCAGUUUCAAACCUGUGAUCGAAGACUGUGUGAAGCAGAUGAACCAGGAGCUCGUGCAGAUGAAAGGCUCCGCCAAAGGGAGCAACGCCGCCAUGGACGCAGAGACUGUCCUCCGGCCUCUCAUGGACCUCCUGGAUAAAAAUUUGAUGUUAUUUGCCAAGAUUUGUGAGAAGACUGUGCUGAAACGAGUCCUCAAAGAGCUCUGGAAAAUAGUGCUGAACACAAUUGAGAGAACAAUUGUUCUCCCUCCGCUGAAUGACCAGAGUCAAGGAGCUCAGAUGAUCUUCAACGCUGCCAAGGACUUGGGACAGCUGUCCAAACUGAAGGAGCACGUCAUUCGAGAGGAGGCCAGAAGUCUGACACCACGACAGUGUGCAGCCAUGGACCUCGUGCUUCCCACCAUCAAGCAAUACUUCCAUGCCGGAGGAAACGGGCUGAAGAAAACCUUCCUGGAAAAGAGUCCCGAUAUGAAGUCCCUCAAAUAUGCUCUCAGCCUUUACACUCAACCUACAGAUGCCUUGAUCAAGAAAUAUAUAUGCACCCAAACCUCUCAAGGUCAGUCAUCCAACGGAUCAGUGGGGGAGGUGUCGAUGCAAGUGAAUCUCAUCUCUCACCCUGGCACCGGAGAGCACAAAGUCAGCGUGAAGGUGGUCGCAGUGAACAACCUCAUCUGGCAAACCAACGCCAUGUUCCGCCCGUUUGUGGAGGUCAACGCCGUGGGACCACACUUGGCUGACAAGAAGCGCAAAUUCAGCACCAAGACCAAGAACAACAAUUGGUCACCAAAGUACAAUGAAACAUUCCAAUAUGUUCUAAGUAACGAACAUGGCCCGGAGGCCUACGAGCUGCACGUCUCAGUGAAGGACUACUGCUUUGCCCGCGAGGACCGCAUCAUCGGCAUGACGGUCAUCCAGCUCCGGGAGCUAGCCGACACGGGCAGCUGCUCUGCCUGCUACCCCCUGAUGAAGAGCGUCUCCAUGGACGAAACUGGCCUCACCAUCAUGAGGAUACUCUCUCAAAGGACCAACGACGAGGUGGCCAAAGAGUUCGUGCGUCUCAAGACAGACACGCGCUCGACGGAGGAAGUGUCGUAAAAAUACGGAGCAAAAAGAAUAAAAAAAAAAAAAAAUGCAGUAUCUAAAAAAUAUGAAAAAAAGAGUUGUGUUGUCUUAAAGUGGGAGAUAAAGAAAAGCGGUAAGCGACAGUUGUCCUGUCUGGAUUUGAAGCUGGAGAAUGAGAUUGUCCAAAGAGUGGAGGAGGCAAGGCAGCGAGAGAGAGCGAGAGAGAGCGAGAGAGAGCGAGAGAGAGCGAGAGGGAGAGAGAGAGAGAGUUGUGUUUGUUUGUUUGUUUUUGUGCAUGUGCGUAAAACAUCUGUUGGAAUGUUCAUUUUAAAAACUACAGUAUGUACAAGUGUUUACUUACCGUAUGCUUACUAUUAAGUACUAUAUUCUACGAGUUAUGUUAACGAGACAUGAAAUACCUUUUGUACAACAUUUAGUCUUUUUGAACAGAGAUUUGUUCCAAUAAAGUGCCAAACCAGUGGAAAAAAAAAGAACAAAAACCAACGUAUAUGAAUUAUGGUGAACUUAGUAUGUUUGAAAAAUUUGCUCGAUUAUUUUGUCCGGUGUAAGUCAUUUUUCUGACCGUGUGGCGUUUUGAUUGUCGCAAAGUCUUUCAUUUUGCACCCCUCGUUUUUUUUUUUCCUUUUCUCUCGGCUUCACGUUCUUCCACACAGCACCGUUUGUGCAUGUCCUCUUCUCGGUCAUGUUUCUCCCACGACUCCACAGCGACCCUCGAGCAGGGUCCUGCCCCCCCCCAGCCCCCGUCCUUGCCUUCAAACUGUUUGUAUUUUAAGUCGACCUGAAAAAUAGACCGUGUUUUUUUAAAUGGCGAUGACUGCUAUGUAAACCUUCAUAGGUGUUUGUAAUUUUAUAACCAUGACAACAAUGACGACAGCCUCCAGUGCUAACAGUCUUAGCAGAAAGGAUGGAAAUGUUUACUUUUUCUUUGGCUUUUCUUUUUGUUGUUGUUGUUUGUUCUUUUCAUUUCAGCCAUCAGCUUCCAGCCUUUCUGAAUGACCACUGUGAACAUGAGCUUUGGAAGGCAAGCUUACAUGACAUUGCAGACAGUUUGAUAUUGUUUCAUAUUUUUUCCAAUAACUUUGUUCCUGAUAAACUGCCAAAGUUAUAUAAGAUAUUUGUACAAAAGCAAUCCAUUACAUGUAUGAAGAUAUAUAUGUACAUGUGAUCUAUUACUUUUUCAAUGCUUAAAUAUUUGAUUAUUAAUAGGGUGGUACUAAGAUUUUAUUUUUUUUAUUUCCUGUGAAGCUGUCUAACCAAUAUGAAAGUUGCACAUGUUACUUUACACAUUAGUUAUAUCAGCUUCUGUCACUGGAAUUAUAUUUCUUCAUAAAAAGGAAAGAGUCUAACAUUUGGUAAAUAUGCAACAUUCCUAUGUAUUGCACUGAUGGCGAAUUGUAUGUCAUGUAAAUAUAUUUAGUGAGAUAUUGUACAAAAGUCUACUUUUCUUCAAUGUGCAUAAAGUAUG